AUGUCAUCUCAGAUACCCAAAUCCAUCGUCAGACCGAGACCAUUUAGGAUAUUCGCCUUGCCUUUGGCCAAAGUACCCAAACCACAUUCUUUACCAUUAUCUCCACCACCUAAUCCUAUACGUACACCUACUUCCGAUAACCCUUCAUCUGUCGCCCCUCCAACCAACGAAUCAUCACAUUCUCACAAUGGCUCACCGGGAUCUGCGGAGUCUGGAUCGGAGUCAGCCAAGACACCUUUGUUGUUGUUCCAGACUAUCCAACCUGACAAACCACCUUCUCAAGGCCCACCAUCACUCACUUCCAGGGCAUUGAACAAGGCAAGCGAUACGUGGUUGAACCUAGGUAAGAAACCCAAGGACUCAUGGACGUUCUGGUUUUACGAGAAGGGAGAGAAAUUGAUGGAUAGGAUAGAGUUUGAGGAAUGGUCUUUGAAGGGUAUCAAAGAGGGUCAAGGAGUAAAGGUGGAUAAGGAAGGGAAAGUUGUAGGUGAGAGAAUAGAGAUUCCCCUCUUACGGCCUGAAUUAAAAGGUACAACACUCCCACCACUCUUACCGAAAUUACAUCGAUUCCUAUUACAUAGAAUACCGUAUCAUCGUAAGAUGAUGUACAGGUCUUUGAUCUUUACCCCCGUAACAUGGCCAUUCGCUAUCAUCCCCGUCAUCCCCAACUUCCCAUUCUUCUAUGUCCUAUGGAGAGCAUGGUCGCAUUACAAAGCUUGGAGAGGUGCAUUAUACCUCGAAACAUUAUUACAGAAUGGUCUGAUAGUCGAGAAAGAAUCAAAAGAACUGUCAAAUGUUUAUGCUACCAAAGAAGGUAUGCAAGGAAAUGAAAAUAGAGCUCCGGAUGAAACUUCUUCUCCUGAAGAUGAGAGUCUGAAAGGUUUAGCUACGGAUACUUUAACUGAUAUAGUGAGGGAGGACAAAACGCAAAAGGAUGAGAAGAAAGAAGAAAUACCUAAACAGGCUAAAGGGCAGACUACCGGAUCGAUCGAUGGUACUACCACACCUGAAUCAAUGGUAUAUCAACCUUCAUCAUCGACUGGAACAAAAACAAAGGAGAAAGAGGUAGAAAAGUUACCUUCUUCACCUGGACCUAUCGAAUCCAAAGCCCAUCAUCCAUCUUUACUUCUCUCGUCUUCGCAGGUACCUUUAUUGGCGCAGACUUUCAAUCUCAGUCCUCUGGAAGUGAUUGAUGUGGUUAGGGCGAUUGAACAGGCUGAUUAUAGAGCUAGAAAGGCGGAUAAGGAUAAGAAGGAUAAGGAAGAUAAGGAGAGGGAGGAUGAAGAGAAGAAAAAAGAAGAACAGUCAGAGAAGGGGACGGAAUGGAGAGGUAACUUACAUCGAUAA